GAGCUUCUACACAUGGAUAAACAGCACCAGGCUACAGGCACAUUAACACACCCCUCCGUAGAUCCUCCAAAAAACUUUUAAGAUGUAAUUAAUGACAAUAGCUAUUAAAUUUGUCUGUAUGCCAGUCAACUAAAACUAUUUGUUCAUCUUUGGGAUGUAUGAUAUGCCCUAUAUAUAAAAUCAUUUAGUAUUAUUACACACUAUAUCAAAGAAGUUUAUCACAAGCUGCAUAACAUCUAAACAUCAAAUCCCACUCUCGCCUUUUCAUUCAACAAUUGUCUGUAAAAAUGGUCAUAAUGAAGGUUAUAGCCACGAACUGUACACCUACAUGUUAAUGACUUUAAACAGCAUUCUUUGCAGUUCUGCAUCUGAAUAAUCAUUUAUAUUUUUAUAACUAAUACAAUUUAAGAUUUGUGAAACUUUGGUCUUUACUUCCCGUAUAUGGUUUCUUUUUUGUUUUUGUAUGUAAAACAUAAAAGAUCCCACAUUGCACACUAUAGAUUUUAAUAGAAUUAAAUUUCUUAAGCAUAUUAAACCCUUUUAAAUGUUUCUAAGAAUGUGACAUGAUUGUAUUCUAUCUCACUGGCACAUUAUAAUACUAAUUUUUAUCAUGAAUUAAAAUUUCAGAAAGACUCACCAUUGAAAGUUCAAAAAACAGUCAAGCAGCAAAUAUAUUUGAUUCCAGCAGGUUAUUAGAUGUUAAUAGUUCACCUUUGAUGGUGGAGAACUUUAGUCUUAAUGGGUCAGAAGUCCUCAUCAUGGGUUAUAUAAGCGUUUAUCAUUCUACUGAUAUUCAAGUAAAUAAAAAACAGAAAGAAAAGGUAGAACUAUACAUAAUAUUAAGUAUGUUUAAGUAUGUUUUAGAUAUCUGCUAGCAAGCUGGAUGUUGAUGCUAUAGGCAGAGACUGCUUAGGUCAGGGGUGGCCAGUCUUAUCCACAAAGGGCUGGUGUGUAUGCAGGUUUUCACUGUAACUCCCUAAUUAGAUCACUAAUUAGAGGACUGAUUGGCUGUAGGUUUGACCAGCUGACCUACAGGUGACCCCAGAAACCUGCAUACACACUGACCCUCUAUGGAUAAGAUUGCCCACCCCUGGCUUAGGUGUUUAUAUCAACAUGGACACUGUCCACAGGUGGUGUGACCCUGAGGCAUCAGCAUGUUUGAUUUCUGUUAAUAUGCCACCAACAGCACAGUAUGUCAGAGUAGUGAAAGACACACACAUUAUUUCUGUGGUAAAAAGUGCAGAGAUAUAUAGAACAUCAUCUCAUAUUGCGCUUGGUAAGUAAGUAAACGUUAUUUAUAAAGCACUUUUCAUAGACACGUCACAAAGUGCUGUACAAAAAAAUGUAACAAUAAAAAUAAGCAAACCAAGCGCAAUAUGAAACAUGAGUAAUAGAAACAAUUGAAAAAUAUAUUAGAGAAUAAAGUCCAAACAGCAUUAACUCAGCUCUAUUCAAAGGCCUUCUUAAACAAGAAAGUCUUAAGAUGUAUUUUAAAGGAAUCAACUGACUCAGCAGAGCGCAAAGCUAGUGGAAUUGGAGUCUCAUACACCUCCAGAGCUUGAUUCCUGCCCCAGUUCAGUGUAUGGUGAUUGCAGGCCCUUAAAUUUUAGCAGCUUUCCUCCUACAGUCCAGAAGCAUGCAGUUAGAUGAACUGGCAUCUCUAAAUUGGCCAUAGUGUGUAUGUGCUCUGUGAUGGACUUGCAUCCCAUCCAACGCGUCUCCUGGCUUGUGGGAGAGGCUCCAAUCUUACUGUGACCCUGUAGUAGUUUCAAGCCGUAUAAAACAGAGGCAGAUGAGGGAGUGCAGCAGUAGAGUGCACCGAUUAAACCACACUGCUAGAAAAAAAACACAAGUCCCCAAGGAAUUAGUUGUUUUGAUGGGGAAUAAAUGAGGGCAGAGCUAAGAGUCGCCUAGCAGCCGGUGGUUGGUGAGCUAACAGCACAGGUCUUACAAAACGCAGUAGGUUAAAUAGUUACUAUUAGACAGAAAGACCCAGUGGUGAUUGAUAUGUCCAUGUGACUCUUGCGUAAGAGAAAUUUGAUCAUUAACAAGGACGUUUUCUCUCCAUACGGUGUUUUCAAGGGUCCUGCCGCUCCAGAGUCUCCCUCCACACCCAUCCUUGGAGCUUUCCAACCAUGAUUCUUCAAGCAGUCUUGGACUGUCUGGAUUUCUGGAGCAUUCUGCUCUUCGUCUUCGUCUUCCUGUUGAUGGCUGAUAUCCUGAAGAACAGGAAUCCACCAAAUUAUCCACCAGGACCUUGGUCCCUGCCCUUUUUUGGAAAUAUAUUUACGGAUCUUGAACCAAAGACAAUGAUGAAGCUUGCUGAAAAAUACGGCAAUGUUUUCAGUCUGAGGAAAGGCAGUGAAAAAAUGGUCUUUGUAACUGGAUAUAAAAUGAUGAAAGAAGCGCUGGUGACUCAGGGACAAAAUGUUGUAGAUCGUCCAGAUAUCCCGCUUUUCAAUAAAGUUUUUAAAGGAAUCGGCUUGAUUAGUAGCAACGGACACAUGUGGAAGAAGCACAGGAGGUUUGCUGGAACCCACCUUAAGAACUUUGGGGAAGGAAAGAAGACGAUGGAGCAGUUCACCCAGCAGGAGUGUAUGUUCCUCUGUCAGGCCAUGGAGGACGAGCAGGGCGGAUACUUUAACCCAAUGGUGGUCAUACACAACGCCAUCUCCAAUGUGAUAUGCACUCUGGUUUUUGGGCAUCGAUACGACUACAGUGAUGCCAAGUUCCAGGAUAUUCUGCGCUUGGAUAAUGAGUGUAUUUACUUGUUCAGCACAGCUCGUGCUCAGCUAUAUAACCUCUGGCCAAGGCUAUUUGACUAUGUACCUGGACCUCACCAAACAAUAUUCUCUAACUAUGACCAAAUAAUCACCUUCGUGAAAGAAGAAAUAGCCAAACAUAAGAAGGACUGGGACCCGUCUGAUCCACGUGACUUUGUCGAUGCUUAUUUUGGUGAGAUGGAUAAGAUGGCAGCUGAUUCUGAAGCUGGGUUCACCAUGGAGUCUCUGGUAAUUUCCAUUCUGGACCUGUUCGAGGCGGGAACAGAGUCUUCUGCCACCACGCUGCGCUGGGGUCUCCUCUUCAUGAUGAAGUAUCCAGAAAUUCAGGAGAAAGUCCAGGCUGAGAUAGACAGAGUGAUCGGACAGGCGCGACAGCCCUGCAUGGCAGACCGGCCCAACAUGCCGUACACCGACGCUGUCAUCCACGAGAUGCAGAGGAUGGCUGACAUCUUGCCUCUGGGAUUCCCCAAAACGACCAGCAAAGACAGCACACUGGGGGGGUACCUCAUACCAAAGGGAACGAGUAUAACCGCGAUCCUUACCUCUGUACUGAAUGAUGAGAGCGAGUGGGAGACUCCAAACACCUUUAACCCGGAGCAUUUCCUGGAUUCCCAGGGCCGGUUUCGGAGACGGGAGGCGUUCUGUCCUUUUUCGGCUGGACUAAGGGCGUGUCUGGGGGAGCAGCUGGCUCAGAUGGAGCUCUUCCUGUUCUUCACCUCCCUUCUCCAGCGCUUCACCUUCUCUCCACCACCUGGAGAAGUUGUUGACAUAGAAGGAGUGCUUGGGUUCACCUACUUCCCAAAGCCCUACAAGACGUGUGCUACACUCCGCUGACCUUCUACACAGGGAUAAACAGCAGCAGGCUAUGGGAAGCACAUUAAUACACCCCCUCAUCAGUGACAAUACCUAUUACAUUUGUGUGCUAGUCAAAUAAAACCAAUUUGUUCAUUAGCAGGAGGUAGGAUGUGCUCUAUAAGUAAAGAUGGCUCCAAGAAGUGGAGCCCAGUAAGUGCACUGAACAUGCUGUGAGUGCGUGUAUACAGGCCUUGUAUGUGUCCCGUUCUAAGUAGCUGUGUGUAAUUAUAGCGUAAACGUCUGUGCCCCCGAGUUGGCGUGUACCCUGCCCUGUUGUAUUUGUGUGCUGUAGUGAUGUGUAGUUAGCCGCCGUGUGUGAGCCUUGCUGUCCUUAGCGUACCCUAACCAUGUUUCUCUGCCAUUCUGUGUCUCCGUCUGUUGUUGUUUGAGUGUGGUCCGCUUAGGGACAGCAUUAAAAGAGCAACUUUGUGUCAA